AUGCUCAAGAAACCCAAUACCCUUUGCUACGGUGGUCUCCAACUGCUGAUUCCGUCCUCUUCCUCCCCGCCACCCGCCUCACGCUCGGCCAGAGGUCGACCAUGGUGCUUCCCGUCCCACAGACUAUACGCAACUGCACACGAACUUCAUGAUAAGGAUCUUUCAUGGCCCGCCUCUUCGUGUUUCACGCCCUAUGAUGUGUUCAAACAAGACCGAGGCGCUCCAUACUCGAAGAGCCGCUUCUACGAUUUGGUGAAGAUCUACCACCCGGACCGACCGUGCAAUGAUCACCCGCUCUGUAGACACCUCACACCUGAGGUGCGACUCCAGCGGUAUCAUCUCAUCGUAGCAGCUCAUGAGAUUCUAUCGGAUCCAACGAAGCGAGCAGCCUACGAUCAAUUCGGUACCGGCUGGAGUCUCCAUCCCUCACGAGGACCCCACACACAGUCCUCCUGGUCCAGAACAGCAUCGGGUGACUACCACCCUAUCUACGCCAAUGCGACAUGGGAGGACUGGGAGAAAUGGUAUAACCGCCAUCAGCCGAAACAGCAACAGAUCGUCGACCAUCGGACCUUUGUGACGUUCAUCUUUCUUCUGGUCCUUUUCGGAAGUGCUGUGCAAGCCUCCUGGAUUGGCCAGCUGAGUACGGGGUAUGAGGAAAGACUUCGGGGGCUCAACGAGGAGUCGAUGCGAUUACUUACUGGGCGAAGGGAGGCUACCGUCAAGCAAAUGGGAUCAUCCCAGGCUAGGGUAGAGCAUUUCCUGAUACGGAGAGACCCGUCGGGAUCAGGGUUGAAGGAGGAAGAGCAACCAGUAUACGAAAAGGUUCUUCAUUCUCGUAAGAAGACACCCGAUGCCCCUUUGGAAAUCGAGGAUCCGGGCCCUCCGCACUCUCAAUCUGAUGGUACCCAGAAACUGGUCAAAAAUUCCUGA